AUGGCAGACUUAGCAGGUCUACAAAAAUUAAUUGACAGGCAAAUGAAAAACAUCAAACGCAUCAUCGGAAAACACCUGUCCACCGACCUAAAAGGCUUCCUGAAAACACUUCAAUGCGGAUCCAUUAAAGUUACUACAAAUAAAAAUAUCAAGCUACUCACUGACCUCGCAUCUGCAAUCUCUCGGUCACCCGCCCACAAUCCCUCCCAUCUCAAACAUCUCGCCGAGGCCUUCCACGACUUCUGCCAGCCCCUCCACACUUACCUCCUCGGAGAGAUCACACGAGCCAACCUAAACAAUUCCGGCACCACCCCCAAUUACUCCGCCCGUCUAAAAAGUAUUUUCACCGCCUUUUCCACCCUCCUCCCCCAUCUCAGAGAGGCAAACAAGUACGACCACCGGGUCCCCUCCAUGCUGUCCAACCUCCGCGACGCUCUCACAGUCCUCAAGCCUGACGGCUUUUCCACGCCGAACAGUUCCACACUGGACUGCAUCACGAGCGGGCUCACGAAAUUCGCGGAUGAGCUGGACAAGGCGUACAUAUCGGUGUAUGAUGGGCAGGGGUUUGAGGGUAAGGUUGUAGAGGAGACGGGUACCGUAGAGGUUUACACCACCGGAGUGUAUCCGGUAUAUCUAUCGACCGAGUACGGAAAGAAGUGCGCCAAGGUGUUUUGCACGGCGCUCGAAAUACUGUUCCACGAUCUAUCUGAGUUGAGGGAGGAAUGCAAACGCGAUUGGAAGGAUCUGAACAUUUGUAUGCACCCCGGUGAGGACAUUGAAAAUGGCCUAGCCUCAUACCUGAAAAACUGUGGUUACGGAGUGCCAAGCAAGCAAGGCGUGCAGGACGGGGAGUUGAGGUACGGAGAAAGUUGGACUGGUGAGAGUAUACGUGCAACUCUGCUCAUCAAGCAACAUGACGCUACUCUAACGCGUACAGCAUUUAGACUUGUCUACGACACUGACGACAAGGAUGACGAGCAAAGCGCACCAACGCAUAGUGUCCUUAAGCAGCUCAUCGACUAUCUUAUACGCUUCUACCAAGUUUGUCACCACGACACCGCUACUUCAACCAAAUAUCCUUCCAAUGUCUACCAAAUGUUAACGUGGCUUAGUGGCCUACCUCACAGUACCGUAUAUGACAAAUUGUACCUUAAUGGAUUCGCUGAACUGUUCGAGAAAAAGGAUAACCAAGGGGAGAACAGUGACGGAGGCAUCACGUUCGAAAUCGGAGGUGACGGAAGCGACGGAUCUUCUAUCGCUGUUAGCACCAAAGAGGACAAUAAGUUGGAAGCAUAUCCUGUAUCCAUUACACCCGCAGGUCUUUCAGACAUCCUCACAGCAGUAUGCUCCGGCGCCCACGACGUACUUACCAGCGUACUUGGACACGGUCACGCGGGUGGUCGUUAUGCCUGUGACUUUAACACUAACCCCGAUAAAUUCUCGUACCCCGCCGACAUGGUAACGUUAGCAUGUUGGCUGUAUGAUAUCCUCAGACGCGUACACCAUCAGCUCUAUUUCUUGUACCAGCAGUGUUAUCACAACACUGAACGCAACGGGUGGGCUGAGUGCUAUUAUGGCCGGUACGUCGCUGGAUCAUCGUGGCAGUGCAACAGGAUGCAGUGCCCUGACCAAACAUGUGAGCAAAAGUGUAAGCAAACAUGUAACCAAAUACACAACCAAAAGGGUGACCAACACCCUAACUGCGGACUAAAGUCGCCGCUUCAAUCUUUCUUAGAAGAUGGUUUACAAGGGUUCUUACCGCAUAACGUCAAGUUUGAAAGGGGGAAAAUGGAAUGUUCAGUUAAAGGUCAUUUCAAUUUGCCGUGUAAAACGCCCAUGGGUUUCGGAAAUAUAAGCGACCUGGCGUCACAUACGCAGCGAGGCAGGCAUAUCUACGAAGCGCUUAAGAGACUCUGCGGAGAUGAAAGGUCUCCUCUCCCCAAGCUCUGCGGCCAACUGAGCUGUCUUUUGCCAAGCGCUCCCAAGACGCUUGACGACAUGUUCGGUUUCUAUUACCGAUUGCUCAGAGGGUGGAAUAGUAAUUACCCUAGGCGCCAGGAGCACAGAGAGACAGCUUUAGAAGGUGCUGUCAAAGAUGCCAAUUUCGGGAAUGAAGAAACCAAGCUGGACGUCACUACAAUAUUUAAAAAGAACGAUCAUGGCUCGAAGGAAAAUAUGACGCAUCUCACCGGAGAUCUCUAUGCUCUUGUCGACUGUAACGGCAUGACAUCAUCUGCUCCAUCCCAUCCAUGUGGCCGCUAUAUGCGACCGAUUUGUCAUGACAUGUGCGGUACCUUUACAAAAGAGAACGCCGACAAAUAUUUGUCGUGGAUUGUUUACUGCACCGAGACGUUCCUUCAGUUGUUGAAACAGCUGUACGAAGAAUGUGCCAAAAAUUGUGACGGGGAGAGACCUAAGUGCCGUGUCAGUAAAUGUAGGAAUGGGUGCAAAGCCUACAACCUCCCCGCAGCUGACGGCUCCACUCACAUAGAAUCCUGCAAUUCAAUUGUAAAUUGCAAGUUCAUGCGUCCCACAUUCUACAAAUAUGGCUUGGUACUUGGAGAUUGCAGAAGUCUAUCUGCCAAGACGACAAAGCGCACGUGCAAAGAUUUGUGUAUUGUAUUGAAGAGCGUGACUAACGAAAUAGAAGUGGAUGGACAUCCGCUUGCCAAAUUGGUCCAUGUUACUAUUCCCCAAUUCAUCUUCACCAUACGCGCCCCCUUCAUCUGGCUCAACGUCGCGCUCUGGCUCCUCUCUCUCCUCUACCUCACCCACAUCAUGGUCAUCCGCCUCGACCUCCUCCACAUCAAGUCACACUUACACUCACCCUCAUCACAUCGCAUAGCUGCUCAAUCACUACUCGCCGCUGCACGUGUUAACAAGCUUAACAGAGUGUUUUACCUGCAACCAUAA